UUAUCGAUAAAAAUAACGGUAAACGGAAAAAGUUGAUAGAACAAUUCCACCUCUUUCCAUCGUUUUCAAAUUGAAUCACAACGCCAGCAUGUCGUGAGCCGAUCUGCCAAGAAGACUAUGCGUACGACUAUGAAUGAGUGACUAAAAAAGAAAAUACGCGAAGGGCGAUUAAAAAUAUAGAAAAAGGUCCCCGAGAAAAGACGUGGACGGUCGAAGGACGAUACACAUGGGUAACAACAAUGAUUAGUGGUCGUGGUUGAUCGAUUUUCGAUCGAUCGCAAUUGGAUUCUACUCGACAUGGUGGGGAGUCUAUUUGAGGCGUCGCGACGCCGUGGUGCAAUGAUCAGAAUCAGUCGGUAGGUCGUAUCACAGCGAAAGGUGAAGAGAGUGGCCGUCAGAGAGAACGAAAAGAAAUCUUCGCCAAGCAACGAGCGUGUUCUGUAUGCUGAUCGCGUACCGGGAACGUUUCGAAUUUUCACAAAUCGAAGAAGUGGAGCUAAGGUGACCCGACUUUUCCCCCUUCGCCUGGUAAAAUGGCAGCGGACGACCCUCUCUGCAAUGAACCUCUACUUUCCGUCGAAUUCGAGGUCUUUGGCAAGGUGCAGGGUGUCUAUUUCCCGAAGUACGUGAGGGACAUAUGUCAGCAACUGGGGAUUUGCGGCUGGGUGAAGAACACCAAGUCCGGCACGAUACUCGGAAAAAUGCAGGGACCACGUGCGCUCAUCGAUCAGAUGUCACAAUGGCUAACGAAUGUUGGAAGUCCAGGUAGUCAGAUUGAUCGUUGUGAAUUUACAAAUUGGGAAGGCAUUAGUAGGCUACAAUACAAGGGAUUUGCAAUACGUUUUUAAUUAAACUAUUUUUUUUUUUCAAUGUCACGUUUCUUUGGAAGUUAAAUCGAAAAGAUGUACUUAAAGGCACGAAAAGUAACAAGCAUCGAUAUACUUUGAACAAUUAAAAAGCUUAAAUAAUUAAAUGAUUCUUUAUGAAAACAUAUAGUUCAAAGUAUUGAAAUUGUUCAUAGAUUAAAAGCUACGCAACAUUAGUGCAUGAAAAUUACAAGAUAUUUUAAUAAUUGUAAGAUGUAUCAUUCGAAAUGAUUAAAUAUCCAGUUAUUUUUAACGAAAAACAAAUUAAAUAAAAACACAUAGAGUUAUAGAA